UUGAUGCUAUAACAUACAGAUGCUGAAUGAUGGUAGUGUAAUAGCUGUUGGCGAUAAUGCCGUGUUCAUACUAGAUUCCACCGGAAGGGUAGAACGAGAAGUUUCCAAAGAUGGAUUUAAGUGUAACCCAAACUCGGUAGCAUCAACAUCAAAUAUUGUAUGCAUUGCUACCGGGGAUAAGGCAAAAAUCGCAUUUAUAUCGGAAUCGAAGAGCUAUAAAGUUUCAGUACCUGAGCUUAUUACUGCUGUUACAUUUUCACGUUCUGGAGAUUUACUUUAUGCCGGAUCUAAUACCGGAAGGCUUUAUGUAUGGCAGAUAUCCACCGGGACUUUAAUCAAAAACAAGCAAAUCUUUUUUAACUCAAUCACAGAUAUAAAGGUGGAUUUUGAAAAUGUAACUAUUUUAAUAUCUGCCCAAAAUGGAGACAUUGCUCUCAUUAGACUAGUUGAGCUAUUUCUUUCGGACAGCAAAGGAACCGUUUACGUGGGUCACUCUGCCACUGUUAUUGGUAUCGCAAAUUUGAUGCAAGAACCGUAUACACGUCGUCUGUCAUUCGUGUCUAUCUCAAGGGAUAAGAACGUCAGGUUCUGGAAUCACAAAGAGAGGACAGCUAUUAGCUCAUACUUUCUUGAACAUGUUCCCCUAUCUGUGGAACAAAGUAAAAUCUCACAAAGACUCUAUAUAGCGUGCGAUAUGGGACAUAUUGCAAUAGUCCCAUUGGACGAUUUCAAAAAAACGUUCUAUCUCUCAGGUCAUGUAGGUGCAGUCACGGGAUGUGUAGAAGCCUUCAAUUUAGUCACCUGCGCAUUAGAUGGAGUACGCAUUUGGGACGUAGAUUCAAGGCUUUGCAUAAGUCACUACGCCGGUAUAGGUCCCAGAAUUAACAAACUGCUGAGUGGCGUUAUAUUAGAGCCUAGGGUUCAUUUUGUACCACUUAAGAAUAUCGUAUCAGAUGACAAACGUGUGACCACAUGCAUGGAAUAAAUCCAGCGUAUGGUUUAAAACA